CCUUUCACAAACAGGGUCAUAAGUUUGCAAAAGAACCUCUGCUAGCUUGCAACAAGCAGAUAAUCAAGCAACUUGCCCAAACCAUGGCAGGUCAGAUUAACUCUAAGAUCCUUGUUGUUGCCACUCAUAAGGAUGAGGUUGCAGAAGAACAUCUUCCAACAGUAUUGAUGAUUUGAAUAAGUUUACAGAGACAUUUCUCUCACCCAAAUCACUAAUUCCAAAAACGAAUGAUCAAAAUGUGUUUGAUAUUGAUUUAAUUCAUCCAGACGAAACACUACAAGAGAUACGGGAUAAUAUUGCUGACAUUGAAUCUACUCCAGUUGAUAUACCAACCUCCUUUGUACUUUUUGAAAAUGAUGCACUAAUUUAUCUUCAUGAAAAGAAAGAGACGGAAGGGAGGAAAGUUAAAGUGAUGAGUUUUGAAGAAUGUGUUCUUAUUGGAAACAAACUUUUUAUGGCAAAAAAUGGUCGUGAAGCAGCUCUGGCAUACUUCCAUAGGAAUAAUAUUCUGUUAUAUUUUAAAGACAUUGGUCCAGGACUUGUAUUUUUUGACCCAGAAGCUCUCAUUUUCUUUUGUAAAUGCAAUAAUACAGUUUUCUUACAAGGCUGUUGAAGGGGAAAAAUCUAUCUCGACCAUUACUAAAGAUGACAGAGAUUCCCUUUCCAAAGGAAUGAUCACAGAGAAUCUUCUAAAACAUAAAAAUUUCACUGAAUACUUUGUGCCUGGCCUCUAUGAAGCUUGCCACGCCAUUGAAAUAUUUAAGAAACUUUAUACUAUUGCUGAAGGAGAUCUUGGGUCAGACCAGGAAUCAGGAAGAAUAAAGUACAUCAUGAUGUGUUUACUUCCUCGUUUAUCUGUGGAAAAAUUGAAACCCCUUCAAAAGUUUAAAGAAACUCAACCACUUCUUCUUCAGUUUGGAACAGGUUCUCCCCCAAAGUUAGAAUUGUGCUGUUCCCCUAGUGGUAGUUUUGGCAACACCAUUGCUUGCCUCAUAACAAAACACAAUUGGAUAAUUACUACGGAUUUAGAUGACAAAGGGCCUGAAUGCUUGUAUCAUGAUGCAGCUUUGCUCCACCCAAACGAAAUGAGUGCUGAAGUUGCUCUAAUCAACAAAACUGAGUAUUUUGAAGUUUAUGUAGAUUUGAAAAUGGAACAUGAAAGUCAAAUUUUUGCAAUACGAAGAGAUAUAAGUGAGGCUGUUAAAUCUGUUCUAGAAAAGAUGAAUAGAAAACUUGGCAUUUUUGAGGGAUUUAAUUGUACCUGUGGUAGAAAAAAAUUGCCUCAUACACAGUAUAUUAAAAUGGAGCCUGAAACAUGUCAAGAGUAUGUCAUAUGCAGGCAUAGCUACAAAGGAGAGACUAAACCUUUUUGGAUUAAAGCCCAAUUGAAAAGUUCAACUUGCAUGUCUCCGGAUAAAAGACAGUCACAGUCACUGACGCAGCAGUCACCUGCUAACUCCCAGGCAGAAAACUCAACUGAGUGGAUAAACCCUUGUGCAGGGUUUGCUCUUCGGAGAAGCAAUGAGAUUUUUGUUGGGGCCGUAGACCCAGAGAAUAUUGUACCAGUGCUCUAUAGCAAAAGGCUGCUUACCAAAGAGGAAAAGCAGAAGGCAACACAACAGUCCUCUACCGCUUGCCAGAGGCUUGAGGAAAUUUUUAAAGCAAUGGAGAGGCGGGUUCAUGUCGACCCUCAAAAUUUUAAUACUCUCUUACAGGCUCUCAGUGAAGAACCAGCAACUGAAAGGUGUCGCUAAAAAAAUGAAAGACUUCUAUGAUGAUGAAUGCAGAAGACAGAACAUGUGCUGAAUGUAGAUUUACAGAUGUAGUAAGUGUCAAUUAUUAGUAUAUGCUUAUGAAAGCUAAGAGCAACCAUCAAGUUUCAUGUUCAGAUUUCACUUUUCACGUUUUGUGUUCACUUUCACUUUUUAGCUUUUUUUACAAUGCACAUUGCUUUUCCAUCCUACUGUAAAUCCCUUUAUUUUCAUGCCCCUUUAUUUUAGCGAUUAAUG